AUGGCUGCCAUCUCUACUUGGUAUAACAACCAGUACUCCACCUGGAAUAGAACCCGCCGGUUGCACGCACAGCCUUACCUCGCUCGCACGGACACCACCACCUCGCGCAGAGCUGCAGAGAUGGCCCAACAGGCUAACACUGUCGUUAUCAACAUGGGCGACUCCGCCAGCCCCGAUACUACGAGCGAGGCUAAGUCUGACACCCUAUUUGGUCCUAACAUCGGCAUCGUCAGCGGAGGGCCCGAAUGGACCGAGAGGCUUGACAAGACUGCCGCAGAUGAAUUGACCCCGGAGAUCAUCAAAACUUGGGUAUCGAGGAGCAAAGAGGGCUUGCCAGCGACCACAACCCUUCAGGCAUUAGUUAACUUGAAGCGACCCACGCUUCGUUUAACACCCUUAGAGAUUGCUCCCUCGGAUGAUCCUGAGCACGUCGACUCGCACCAUCACCAUGGUCUCGAAUUCGAAUAUGACUGUGAUGCACCCAAGUGCGGCAUCAGCGUUCACGCCCUCCUGAGCUCGAGGCAUGGUCUUGCCGGCAAGUCAGACACCAGCGGAUUGUCUAAAUUCCUCCUCUUCGAGUCCGUUGUUGAGGGGGGUUUCGGCAAGAUUCUCAAGCUCGAAGAUGGCGCAACGCUGGAGUUGGAGCGACUCGAGCUGCACCCUAAUUCUGCCCGCAAGGACACCGGCGGGGAGUCUGCACCCACGCCGGAUGCCGAGGCGCAACAUGCAGCGGAGGAUACCCACGCGAAGGGCAGGAAACGCUUCACUCACUUUAACCUCCGUAAGCGCAACCACCGGUCCGCUGCUGCUGGGCCUGCCCUGGCUGUGGUCGAUGCGGAGGUGCCCGCUGCUACCUCAGAAGGUGGUGAUGCAAAGAACGAGGACAAAGAAUCCGAAGUCGGUGUGCGCGUCGUCAUCCGUCUGGCUGCGCUCGACGAGGAGGGCAAAGAGCUGCACUCUGUCAACGAGCAGGUCACUUACCUCCAUGUCGUUCGCUUCGGUCCUACGCUCACCGCUGCAGUCGAGACCGAGACUGUCGAGGACAAGAGGCCCUGGGUUGUCAAGGUCGUGAAGCGAGAGGCUACUAUCGGACCACACACAUUCCACCUCCAUGAAAUUUACGGUCUUUCGGCGAACUCGACCACCGCUACGCAUACGACGACACCGACGUCACCCGCCGCCGUGGACCAGCAUGUUUACCCGCCUGCUCCAACGCUCGAUCAUACGACCCAUGAGGAAGAGCCGUCGUCAGAGUGCUUGCUCUGUCUUUCCUCGCCGCGUGAGGUUGUUCUGCUCCCCUGCCGUCAUCUCGUCGCCUGUCGGGAGUGUGCGGUGAACAUGAUCGAGUUCGGCGCUGGUGGGACAAUUGUCCAGCAGGAAGAGCCCUCCACUAUCCCUGCUACGGAAACUCCUGUUGCCGAAAAUGCUGCUACAACCCCGGCGCCGAAUGCAACUAGCCCAAGUGCCGACGGUCCCCCUCCAAGCUCUGAGGCGGCUGCCCCACAACCUGCCCCGAGAAGGAAACGCAAGGCCAAAGGAUGGUUCUGCCCAGUGUGCCGUCAGCCCUACACGUCGAUGCUGCGAAUCACCACCACUCCUCCGUCGAAGGACGGUAUGGACAAGGAACGCGACUCAAUGUCGGAGACACACGUUGAUGUUGUCCCUGCUAUGCCAGCGGCUGCACCUGCUGUCCGCGGCAGCCUCGCGUCCAUCACCCGUCCUGGCUUCCUGCGUGGCUUUGGACGAUCUGGUGUCCCGCAGCCGGAUGUUGAGCGUGGCCAGGUGCAGGCUGCUUAA